AUGUCUGGUCUUCAAUUGAACCUCAAUAAAAGUAAAUUAUUUUCCAUCAACACUAGUGAAGAUGAGGUUAAGGAGUGGGCGGGGGCUAUCGAUUGCUCAGUUGGAAGAUUCGCUUCUGAUUAUCUUGGGCUGCCACUUGGUGCUAACAAAAAUUCUAUAGUUCUUUGGGAUCCGGUUGUUCAAAAAUUUUACAAGAAGCUGGCCGGUUGGAAGGCAACUACCCUUUCUUUGACAGGGAGAUUGGUCUUGUUGAAGGCAAAUGUGGAUGCAGUUGUUAGUGGUGAUUGGAAGAAAAGUGGAAUAGGUGGAAUCUUAAGAGAUGAUGUUGGUUCGGUGCUGGGUUCUUUCCAAGAGGCUACUGGCCCAGGUCCUCCUACUUUGUUGGAGCUGAAGGCUAUUAAGAAGGGUUUAACUUUCUUUGAUUCUCUUCGACAACGUUUUAAGAAACGUUUGAUCAUUGAAAGUGAUAGUAAAUUAACAGUUGUGUGGGUUAAGAAUAUAGAUAGAUGUCCUAAUGUUUAUGUUUCUAUUGUUAAAGACGUUAGGUUAAGAGCUUUGGAGGGCGUAAUUCGAUGGGUAGCUAGGACAACAAAUAUUGAAGCUGAUGGUUUAGCUAAGGCUGGUAUUGGCUAG